AAGCAGCAAGCAGCACACACACCACCAAGCCUUUUUUGUUUUUAUACAUUCUUCUUCUUCUUCAUCGAUUUCUUAGAUCUUCGAAACCUCUAUAGUCUCUACUGUUCAUCCUUCGUCUCAUUUGGAUCUCAAAAGGAAACAAUGAGCUGUUUUGGCUGUUGCCGUGAAGAUGAUUUGCUUGGAGCUGCUGAUUAUGGAGGUCACAAUAUGACCAAGCAAUCCGGAGGUAAUGAUGGAAGGCGCAAUGGUUCUGAAACUGCUCAAAAAGGUGCUCCAAGUGUGAAGGUUCAGCCUAUUGAAGUAGCUGCUAUUCUCGCUGAUGAUCUGAUCGAAGCAACCAAUGAUUUUGGACCAAAUUCUCUCAUCGGUGAAGGCUCCUAUGCCAGAGUGUAUCACGGUGUGUUGAAGAGUGGUCAGCGUGCAGCCAUUAAGAAGUUAGAUUCUAACAAACAGCCUGAUGAAGAAUUCCUUGCUCAGGUUUCCAUGGUUUCGAGGUUGAAGCAUGCUAACUUUGUUGAGCUGCUUGGUUACUCUGUUGAUGGCAAUUCGAGGAUACUUGUCUUUGAGUUUGCCCAAAACGGAUCCCUCCAUGAUAUUCUUCAUGGGAGAAAAGGUGUAAAGGGUGCAAAGCCUGGUCCACUCUUGUCAUGGCAUCAGCGAGUGAGUAUUGCGGUUGGAGCAGCAAGAGGGCUUGAGUACUUACAUGAAAAGGCAAAUCCUCAUGUCAUCCACCGCGACAUUAAGUCCAGCAAUGUUCUAAUCUUUGAUAAUGAUGUAGCCAAAAUCGCCGACUUUGAUCUGUCAAACCAAGCUCCUGAUAUGGCAGCACGCCUUCAUUCAACUCGUGUUCUUGGAACUUUUGGUUACCAUGCCCCGGAAUAUGCAAUGACUGGGCAAUUGAGUGCCAAGAGUGAUGUGUACAGUUUCGGAGUUGUAUUGCUCGAGCUUCUUACGGGUAGAAAGCCUGUUGAUCAUACAUUGCCUCGAGGCCAGCAAAGUUUAGUCACAUGGGCUACACCAAAGCUAAGCGAAGACAAGGUUAAGCAGUGCGUUGAUUCAAGACUCGGAGGAGAUUACCCGCCAAAAGCUGUUGCCAAGUUAGCUGCAGUUGCUGCAUUGUGUGUACAAUACGAAGCAGAUUUCAGACCAAACAUGAGUAUUGUCGUGAAGGCUCUGCAACCAUUGUUGAAUGCUCGGACCGGACCUGCAGGAGAAGGAGCACAUUAGUCUUGACCCUUUGGCCGUCACUCACCGUUUAAAAUUGUUAUUUUAUUUUAUACUGGAGAAAUAAUUUCAUAUGACCAUCAAACAUAGUGUUCAUAGAAUUCUGACAUUGGUACUAAUGAUUUGACCACUAAACUACAAUCCUGUUUAUAAAUUUAAAAGAAGUGGUAGUAAAUUGCUCGAGCU